AUCUGCACCCCGCUUUAAAAGUUCGCCAAAAGCAAAAGCUGUUAGGAGGAUGAAAGACACUCAUGAUUCUUUUUCUAAAACCCUCUGGAAACACUGGCACUCGUAUAGUGACAUUUUAUUUUCGUUUAUAGGAUUGAUAUAGCAUCAUCAUGGCAACUUCAACCAGUUCCAAACUGAGCAAAGCUGUGAAACAGCAGUAUAUGGACCUCCCUCAGGGAGACAAGGUUCAGGCUAUGUACAUCUGGAUCGAUGGUACUGGAGAGGGAUUGAGAUGCAAGACCAGGACUCUAGAUUCAGAACCUAAGACCAUUGAAGAUCUUCCUGAAUGGAACUUUGAUGGCUCCAGCACAUAUCAGUCUGAGGGGUCCAACAGUGACAUGUACUUGAUCCCACAAGCCAUGUUCAGAGACCCUUUCAGGAAAGACCCCAACAAACUGGUUCUGUGCGAAGUCCUCAAAUACAACCACAGACCUGCAGAAACCAACCUUCGCCAGAUGUGUAAAAAGAUCAUGGAUAUGGUGCUGAACCAGCAUCCUUGGUUUGGAAUGGAACAAGAAUACACUGUCCUCGGCACAGAUGGUCAUCCAUUUGGUUGGCCCUCCAAUGGAUUCCCUGGACCUCAAGGUCCAUACUAUUGUGGUGUGGGAGCUGAUAAGGCCUAUGGACGAGAUGUUGUAGAAGCCCAUUAUAAAGCCUGUCUGUAUGCUGGAGUAAAAAUCUGUGGCACCAAUGCUGAAGUCAUGCCUGCACAGUGGGAAUUCCAAAUUGGUCCUUGUGAGGGCAUUGAGAUGGGAGACCAUUUGUGGAUGGCCCGCUUCCUCCUGCACAGGGUUUGUGAGGACUUUGGCGUUGUGGCCUCUUUCGACCCCAAGCCCAUUACAGGGAACUGGAAUGGAGCUGGCUGCCACACCAACUUCAGCACGAAGGAGAUGCGAGAGGAUGGGGGUUUGAAAUGCAUUGAGGAGUCAAUUGAGAGGCUGGCCAAGAGACACCAGUACCAUAUUCGUGCCUAUGAUCCUAAAGGUGGGCUGGACAAUGCCAGACGACUGACCGGCCAUCAUGAGACCUCCAACAUCAAUGAGUUCUCUGCUGGAGUGGCUAACCGCGGUGCUAGCAUCCGAAUCCCACGAUCUGUGGGCCAGGAAAUGAAAGGCUACUUUGAAGACCGUCGUCCCUCAGCCAACUGCGAUCCGUACGCAGUCACUGAAGCUCUUGUACGCACUUGUCUGCUCAACGAAGAGGGUGAAGAGCCUGUGAAAUACAAGUGAAAUACUGGACUGAAGCAUCAA